CGCCUCAUGAGGGAGAGGGGGGGAGGCGUGCCUGCGGAGCCAGUCGCAUUCCUGGCCGGGAUUCAAUGACUGAGCCAGACACAAACACGGAGGGGGCGGGGGCGCGUGAGCGCGCACGGCGCAGAGAGGGCGCGCGCGCAGCCUGCUCUCAGACCUCACCCCCCGCACUGUCAGACUGAACUGCGGGGGCACACGCAGCGGAUCGGCGCAGUCCUCGACAGCAGAGAAACCUCAGACAGGAUUCGUCCCCCCCCCCUCCUCUCAGGUGCGCUCGCGGAAGCAGGCGCGCGGGACUCUCCGGCCUCAGAGGACAGCGCACAGGCGGCGCGCUGCCCGACGGAGCGGCCGGUCCGGUGCGGUCCGGCGGCGGCGAAGCCGUGAAGUCCCGGACUUUCCUCUCCUCGGAGCGGGUGUUUGAUGACGCGCCUGGCGGGUUCGGGUCAGAGCGGGACGCCGUGGAUUUUCCAGCUUCAGGGACGGAUCCGUUUCCGGGACUCCCGCUCAGCAGCAGCGCCGCGGACCAGUAAAGUUGCGGGGAAAGCAUGGAGGCUGUAAGCCGGCAGAGCUUCCAGCCUCAUCCGGGACUGCAGCAAACUCUGAAGCAGUUCCACCUCAGCUCCAUGAUCUCCCUGGGGGGCCCGGCGGCGUUCUCUGCCCGGUGGCAGCAUGAGCUCCUCUUCAAGAAGGACGGCAAGGAGCCCGAGCCGGCGCUGCAGCAUCUGCCGCCGCCCGUCAUGCCGGGCCCGCUCUUCAUCCCGUCCGACCGCUCCACGGAGCGCUGCGAGACGGUGCUGGAGGGCGAGACCAUCUCCUGCUUCGUGGUGGGCGGCGAGAAGCGGCUGUGCCUGCCGCAGAUCCUCAACACGGUGCUGCGGGACUUCAGCCUGCAGCAGAUCAACUCCGUGUGCGACGAGCUGCACAUCUACUGCUCCCGCUGCACGGCGGAGCAGCUGGAGAUCCUCAAAGUCAUGGGGAUCCUGCCGUUCUCCGCGCCGUCCUGCGGCCUCAUCACCAAGACGGACGCCGAGCGGCUCUGCAACGCCCUGAUCUACGGGGGAGCCUUCCCGCCGCGCAGCAAGAAGGAGCUGAGCGGGGGGGCCCCGCUGGAGCUGCAGCUCUCCGACAGGAGCUUCAAAGUCUACCACGAGUGUUUCGGCAAGUGCAAGGGCUUGUUCGUGCCGGAGCUGUACGCCAGCCCGAGCGCGGCGUGCAUCCAGUGCAUGGACUGCAGACUCAUGUACCCCACGCACAAGUUCGUGGUGCACAGCCACAAGGCGCAGGAGAACAGGACUUGCCACUGGGGCUUCGACUCCGCCAACUGGAGGGCGUACAUCCUCCUGAGUCAGGAUUACACGGGCAAAGAGGAGAAGGCGCGCCUGGAGCAGGUCCUGGACGACGUCAAGGAGAAGUUCGACUUUGCGAACAAGUACAAAAGGAAAGCUUCGUCCAGGGUGAGCCGCUGUUCCAACUCCUCUGUUCGAAAGUCAACCCCAGAAACCAGAUCUGCUGCAGAUCUAUGUGGUGCAUGUCUAUGUGGUUGGUGCAGAUCUAUGUGGUGCAGGUCUAUGUGGUCCAGAUCUCCUGUGGUUGGUGCAGAUCUAUGUUGUGCAAAUCUAUGUGGUCCAGAUCUCAUGUGGUUGGUGCAGGCCUAUGUGGUCCAGAUCUUCCAUGGUACUGCUCUUCCGUGGUGCCGGUCUUCCGUGGAGCUGGUCUUCCGUGGUGCUGGUCUUCCGUGGAGCUGGUCUUCCGUGGAGCUGGUCUUCCGUGGUGCUGGUCUUCCGUGGAGCCGGUCUUCCGUGGUGCCCGUCUUCCGGGACCUCAUAGAUUUUCCUGAGCAGGCGGUUCUGCAGAAACUCUGAAAAAAGGAUCUGGUGAAUGAACGAGAACAGAGGCAGCAGAAACACAACCAUCAAAGAUCGGCUGAAAGUUUGUCAUAAACUGUAAGGCCCAAUUAAGAAAGUCUGCCCCCCCCUCCAGUGUUUGCUCAUCCUCCUCAGGUAAUUGAGCCUCAUCUUACCCCCCUCCCUGGUGGCAAUAAAACAAUUAUUUGCCUCUUGAAUCUCCUUAAACAGCCU